GAAACAUCAUUUUGACGUUUCCGUGCUGUAUUUAGGUAGGUACUGCAUUGUUUGUUGAAAAAUCGAAGUUUUUGUUUUAUUUUCGCAUUACAUUUCGAUCCUCUCACGAAAUAAAUUUAUAAAUCUAAAGUUCUUAUUCGGAAUGAAUUGCUGCCAAAAUAUGUCUAUGCCGAGUUGCGUGUGGUUUGAGAGCGGAGAAAAACAGAAUAUCAUUGCAUCAAUAUUCGCUGGAAUACUGUUUUUCACAGGAUGGUGGUUCAUAAUUGAUGCCGAAGUGAGAUAUAGUAACAGUAUCAAAGCAGCUCACGUAUGUGGCGUAAUGGCAUCACUCUCCUUGAUCAUGAUCAAUUCAGUUUCCAAUGCACAGGUGCGAGGUGAGACGUACACGGGAGGAUGCAUGGGUCCACGCGGGGCGCGCCUGUUGCUAUUCCUUGGAUUUGUUAUUGGAUUUGGAUCUUUGAUUGCAUCUUGCUGGAUUCUCUUCGCUAACUAUGUCAAUGACAAAAACUCAAAAUCAACUUGGCCGGGAGUGUGUUUGUUCCUCCAGAACGCUCUCAUAUUUGCAGGAUCGUUAACUUUCAAAUUUGGACGCACUGAAGAUUUGUGGGGCUAAAUUACCUUACCUACCCUUAAAAUUUCCCAGUCAUUUGAGUUUUAAUAGAGAAAUUUCAUUUUCGAGUAUCAUAUUAUUUUUGAAAAAUUAAUUUGCACACUUAAUUGUUUCAUUGCAACUACUUUCGAAAUAUAAAGUCCUUGUGGUACGCACACACAGCAGUGUUUUAAAGUUUUUAAAUAUUAUGAAGCCUGAUUUAUACCAAGGCAUAUUUGGUUUCUAAUUAAGUAAUGUCUUUUCUCCUUGUAAAGCA